AUGGCUUGUCGCACCUCACCUGCCCAAUCCGGCAAAAGUGACAUCGACUCAGGAUUGGCAAGCAGCAAGAUUUGUCAAGCUUGUCAUUUAGAGGCCGAUUCUCUGAAAAUACUAAACUGUCUACACGUCAUGUGCCUACCUUGCCUCAAGGAACACAUUGGCAAAGAUGGGACAGUGUCCUGCUUCAAAUGCCUGACAGUUGGUGGCUCAACUCUUCCAGGCGCACGACUAGAGGAUUCGCUGAUAGACUGGCCAACACCUGAACGACUGAAGGACGAUGUUGAAGUACAAUCGAAGGCCCAAGAAUCAAGCGCACAGCCCAGGUGCCAAAAUCCGGACUGCAGUGAAGCCUUCGAGCCAGCAGUGUCCUUGUGUGUGGACUGUGGACUGCACAUGUGCGUCGACCAUGAAAGAAUUCAUGCCAAACGCAAGGGAAUUGCGUUCGGACACCGUGUGAUGCCUGUUGCCGAAAUACGGUCAGUGGACAAGCAGCUCCAGAUCAGGGACAAAGAAUUCAAGAAGUGCUUUCUGCACCCAGGGAGGUCCAUGACAUCAUACUGUACUCAGUGUAAAGUGCUGAUAUGCAAGCAAUGCAGUGAGCGGUUCCACAUCAAAUGCUCCAAGGAUGUGGAGGAAGUUCAGGUGAUUGCGGAGAGAAAGCGAAAGGAAUGGAAGACGCAUCUGACAAAUUAUAGUGAAGCAUGUAAAGAGCAGCUCCAGAGCACUCGUACAAGCAUCAAGGCACGCACAAACUCUAUCAAUGAUGAAGUGGAGGCCCUGUCAGAGAAGAUAACUGCUGACUUCCAGGAGCAUAUCAAGAACAUACAGCAAAGACAACAAACAGUAUUAGCUGAUCUAGAUGCUGCACGCUGGAAAGCGCUAAAGCGGCUAGAAGAGAAAUCUGAGAUGGUGGAGAUGAAGAGCUAUCAGCUGAAUAGCUGCGAGUAUCUGGUUCAUAACCUUGGUAUGAGCAGUCUGCUUGCCGCGGAGAAAUUCCUGCACCUAGUUAUCGAAUACGUUGGCAAUACAGCCAACAGCUCGUCUAAAUAUUCAACCACUCGACCAGAAACAGCCCAUCCUCUACCUGUAGCUUACUCUAAGUUCGCCAGUGAUGAAAGGUGGCACGUUUCAGAACUUGGUGAAUUGGCCAAUGUUAGCAGCUCGCCAUCCAUAGGUGAUACCGCAUCGGACGACGCCACCCUCGUUGUACCAGCAUUUGAUGUGGCCUCUUGUGAAGCUGCUGGACUAGAUGUUUCAGAGCAGGGUCGUGAGUUGAGCUGUCCCACAAAGGCCUGGGUCGCAGUUGCGUCACAGGGAAGUUAUAGUCAUGGCAUUCUGCAAUGUUCCGUUCUCGUCGUUAAUGGAGGCCGCGGUCUUUUCCUUGGUGUUGCAGUGGAAAGUGGUGGCAAGAUCAGCGAGUGUUCCGUGGAGAAGCCGUUCUUGGGCUGGCACUGCAGGGCUGACAACAGCGAGUUUUGCGUUGGCAGUUCCAAUAAGCUGGGUCAACCUUGGCUACGCGAUGACGUCAUAGUGCUGCGUCUGGACUGUGAUCGGCAUACGCUGACUGGUGUGAAUGAGAGAACUGGGUACAGUGAAACCAUCGCUGUUCCCGCUCGCAGACUGUGUUUCGCUGCUGAGAUAUCUACUCGCUCCACGAUCCACUUUAUCAGUGAUGGUGUGUACUAG